AUGCUUACUUUCUUGAUUUAUUUAUUGGAUUGGAGUACAAGAAGAGCAUCAACGUUCGAUAAAAAUAUCACAAUAUCAGCCAUCAAAUCUUGUUUGAAUGUUUUAUCUACGAGUGUUUCAAUAGUUGUUGCGGAUAGCGGAAAUCUAGAAGAUUUACAAAAAAUACGUAAACUUCAUCGACAAGAAGUUGAUACUAGCAGCUCAACGAUAGCAGGUUUAGUUUGUGCAUUAUUUCCAAGAUGUCCGAUUGAAUCAGAUAUUGAGACCAGAGAGGCUUGUCAUAUUCCAGUGAAACUUAUAUUUAAAGAUUAUUAUAACGCCGUAAAAGUAAUAAGAGAUGAUGGUAGAGAAGAAAUUUUA